GCUGCAAAAAAAUACUUUCACAGACAAACGUCGUUGUGAGUCGCCUCGCAUGAGGAUGUGCAACAAAACACACACAGCAAACUCUUUUCACACACAAUUCGAACACCGUCAAAUACACACAUAAAGUGCCAAACAGUGUAGAAGCAAGAAACUUGUGCCGACUCUUUUUUUUAUUGUAACGCGCGGUUUAAAUUUUUAUCGACGAAAUAGUGUGAACGCAAAAAUAAAUUGGUGAUUGAACAAAAAUUGCUUGAAUAAUGUCAAAUAUUGCGCUGGACAAAGACACAUUUUUCCGGCGAAUACGGCGUCUCUAUAGCGGAUGGAAGAAUCCGGAUCAACAACACGAUGACGCUCUCUCAAAGGUUGAUUGUCUCAUGGUAGCCGUUGGUGUCGAUGAAGAUACCGUUUACAGCAAAUCAAUAUCACUUCAUAUAUGGCUGUUUGGAUAUGAGCUCAACGACACAAUCUGCUUGUUCACGCCUGAAACAGCCUAUUUUCUGUCCAGCAAAAAGAAGAUUGAGUUCCUAAAACAAGCCGAAAAUCAUAAAGAGCGCGAGGAAAAUGAGCCCGAAGUCAAGUUGCUCGUUCGUGAUCGGAAUGACAAAGAUAAGGGAAAUUUUGCAAAAUUGCUGGAUAUUAUGAAAUCAUCACGUAACGGCAAAGCGGUCGGUGUGUUCAGCAAAGAUGGCUUUCCAGGCGAAUUUUGCGAAUCAUGGCAAAAGGCGUUGGGCGCACAGAAAUUCGAAAAUAUUGAUAUUGGAGCAUCGCUCGCAUACAUCAUGGCACCAAAAGAAGAAUCGGAACUGUUGACCAUCAAAAAGUCCUGUUUGGUUUCAAUUGAUGUUUUCGGAAAGUAUUUAAAGGAAUACAUUUUGGAAAUCAUCGAUGCUGAAAAGAAAGUGAAACAUGCAAAGUUGGCUGAAGGUGUCGAACAAGCAUUGACUGACAAGAAAUUUGUGUCCGGUGUAGACACAUCACAGUUGGAAAUGUGCUAUCCGCCGAUAAUUCAGUCGGGUGGAAAUUACGGUCUCAAAUUCAGUGUCACAAGUGAUAAAAACUAUUUGCACUUUGGUGCGAUCGUUUGUUCACUUGGAGCCCGCUACAAAUCCUACUGUUCGAACAUCUCACGAACAUUGCUGGUCAAUCCGUCGGACACUGUACAAGAGAAUUACAACUUUGUGCUCAAUCUUGAGGAAGAGAUUUUGAAAAAGUUGGUGCCGGGCACUAAGCUCAGUGAAGUAUACGAAACGGGCGUUGCAUUUGCGAAAAAAGAGAAGCCAGACCUGCUCGAGCGAUUGGUGAAGACAUUUGGUUUUGCAAUUGGCAUUGAGUUCCGUGAAAGUUCGUUGAUCAUUGGGCCAAAAUGCAACGCUGUUGCAAGAAAAAACAUGGUGUUCAAUGUUUGUGUUGGCUUAGCGAGCUUGACGAACAAAGCGGCUUCAGACAAAGAGGGCAAAACGUACGCUUUGUUCCUCGGUGAUACAGUUAUUGUAAAUGAAUCGGGGCCGGCCACCGUGCUCACCCAAUCGAAAAAGAAGAUGAAGAACAUCGGCAUUUUCCUGCGUGACAAUGAGGAAGGUGACGAAGAUGAGGAGGAUGAAGAACAAGAUGCCGAAAAUGGUCAAGAAAUCUUGGGCCGUGGCAAACGAUCCACUGUGCUCGAUACAAAACUCCGAUCCGAACAGAAUGCCGAAGAGAAGCGUAAGCAACAUCAAAGAGAAUUGGCCGAACAACUGAACGAGCGAGCACGUGAACGAUUGGAAAAACAAAAUGGCGUAAAGGAAACGGAGAAAGUACGUAAAUCGACCGUGUCCUAUAAAAACAUCAAUCAAAUGCCACGAGAGCCCGAAGUGAAGGAAUUGAAAUUGUUUGUUGAUAAAAAGUAUGAGACCGUUAUCAUGCCCAUCUUCGGAAUCCCCGUACCAUAUCACAUUUCAACCAUAAAGAACAUUUCGCAAUCCGUUGAAGGCGACUACACAUAUUUGCGUAUCAAUUUCUUCCAUCCCGGCGCAACAGUUGGACGCAAUGAAGCUGGCAUGUACUCACAGCCAGAUGCCACAUUCGUCAAAGAAGUAACCUAUCGCAGUACAAAUAUCAAGGAAUCGGGUGAGCUGUUGGCUCCAUCAUCGAAUUUGAACACAGCGUUCCGAUUAAUUAAAGAUGUUCAGAAACGCUUUCGAACCCGUGAAGCCGAAGAACGUGAAAAGGAGGAUCUUGUGAAACAGGACACUCUGAUUCAGUCAACGAACAAAGGUAAUCCAAAACUGAAGGAUCUGUACAUUCGUCCCAAUAUCUUGAACAAACGUAUGACUGGAGCUUUGGAGGCGCACACAAAUGGUUUCCGUUACACAUCGGUUCGUGGUGAUAAGGUCGAUAUUCUGUACAAUAACAUCAAAAGCGCCUUUUUCCAACCAUGCGACGGCGAGAUGAUCAUUUUGCUGCACUUCCACUUGAAGCACGCCAUUAUGUUUGGCAAGAAGAAGCAUAUCGAUGUACAAUUCUAUACGGAAGUUGGUGAAAUCACCACCGAUUUGGGUAAACAUCAGCAUAUGCACGAUCGCGAUGACUUGGCCGCCGAACAAGCCGAACGUGAGCUGCGAAACAAAUUGAAGACAGCGUUCAAGAGUUUCACCGAAAAAGUCGAAACAAUGACCAAAAAUCAAGUGGAAUUCGAUACACCGUUCAAAGAGCUUGGCUUUCCUGGUGCACCAUUCAGAAGCACGGUUACACUGCAACCGACAUCGGGCAGUUUGGUCAAUUUGACUGAAUGGCCACCAUUCGUUAUCACCCUUGAAGAUGUUGAAUUGGUGCACUUCGAACGUGUCCAAUUCCAUUUGCGAAACUUUGAUAUGGUAUUCGUUUUCAAAGACUACAACAAAAAGGUUGCCAUGGUGAAUGCGAUCCCAAUGAAUAUGUGCGAUCAUGUCAAGGAAUGGCUCAACUCAUGCGAUAUCCGAUAUUCGGAGGGUGUUCAAUCGUUGAAUUGGACGAAGAUUAUGAAAACAAUUACCGACGAUCCAAAGGCUUUCUUCGAAACUGGCGGUUGGACGUUCUUGGAUCCGGAAUCAGACACCGAAGGCGAGGGUGAUGGUAUGGAUGAAUCGGAGGAGGAUGAAGCAUAUGAGCCCACCGAUUUGGAAAGUGAAGAUGAAUCGGACGAGGAUUCUGAAUACUCUGAAGCAUCCGAGGACGAAAGCGACGACGAUGAAGAUGAUGAUGAACUUGGAUCCGAUGAAGAAUCUGGCAAGGAUUGGUCAGAUUUGGAACGUGAAGCCGCCGAAGAUGAUGCAAAUUUCUCAAACAAAGAUGAAUCGUUUGAUAGAAAGAAGAAAUCCAGCCACAGUGAUCGUCGUGACAAGCACAAAAGCAGCAAACACAACAGAGAUUUACAACACCGAAAGAAGAAAAAGACUAGUUCGUCGAAAAGCAGCAGUGGGCGUGAUCGGCAUAAUCACAGCAGUAGCAAGGACAAACACAAGCACAGCAGCAGCAGCAGCAGCAGUCGUGACAAGAAACGUUCCAGAGACGAUAGUCGCGAUGACCAUCGAAGCUCCAAGAAGUCACGAAAAUAAACCACCAAGACCCGAAAACAGGAUAAAAAAAAACAAACCUAUGUUGAAUAAGAUUUAUCGGAUAACUUCGCACACUACCAUUUUUGUUUUGUUUUAAACUUUUUGCAAACAACACAAAUCUCAAUUUUUGAUAAAUUUAGGUGAUUGUGUGAAGCCAUAAAUUUUUAAUAUCAUCAUUAAUUCCAAACUUGAUUAAGUUCAAUUUAUGAAUAAACAGUAUGACGGAAAAAAAAGCCACAAA